AAUACCAAUCCAUAAUGCACGUGUUUGUUACGGAUGCAUACUGAAGGAACCAAUAUACUUUGAUCAUUCGUUCAAACUGCUUAGCCCACAACCGAAGAUGAGAGGAGGAGAUUUGCUACUUCUGCAACUUCUGCUUUUACCAACUCUUGCUUUAGCUGAAACAUGUGGCCCUUUUCAUGCAAAGGCUGUUGAUGCUUAUAAUGACAAGAAAAUUCCCCAGUCGGAAAUGUGGACAGUAAACAACCUGACCAAAGCAGAAUGUAUGUUUGAGUGUAUAAAGGAAACGUAUUGCGUCAGUUUCCACUUCAGUUCUUCGGGACCAGUUUGCGUGGCUCUACGGGAACGGUUUGAGGGAUCCAGCGUUGCCUCCACGAACGCCCUUGGUUAUCAGCUCUAUCAAACCAAUAAACCUUUGGCCAAGGUAGGGUCAGACUGUGAGCUGGAUGUGGACUGUGCGUCUAUCCCUAACUCCCAUUGUAACGUCGGGGUCUGCAGGUGUGACGUGGGGUACGGGAUGUACGGAGACGUCUGUCGCACUCUCGCAGAAUGUUCCACCUUCAGCGGAAACUUCACCUUGUACAAGUCCUCAGUCAUCGUAGGCUACGACUUUCUAAGCCAAGGAGCGUCAACUUACGAAUCCUGCCCUGAGUUCUGCAUCAGCGACACCAGGUGUCAGUCGGCGGACUUGGACUUCGUUGGGAGAAUCUGCUACCUGAAUACCAUCACUUGGCUUGAAUCGCCCACAUCUGCACUUGUUACCAACAGCCCAAUAUUUGACUUCUUCCAGCGGGAGUGCCUUUGGUGACUGAACUGAAGUUGAUUUUGAACUGACAAUUUGAUAUUCUAAAGGGGAACAUUUGGUAAAUUUGUAACUUUUCUUUUACAUAUGUAUCGCUUCGUUACAAAAGUGUUACUUGU